GUCUUCACUAGGUAAACAAACAUAUGGGUCAUGUUCUAUGAGUCACAGAAAUUUGCAAACAUUAUCUUAUCAACCACCGAUUAAUAAUCUAUAAUUUUCUAUAGGAAAAAACACCCAGAUUCAAUUAGCAUAUCCAUCCACUUUGUUUAUUUUUUGAUAUAAUUAUUUGCAAGGUAACAUCACUAAUCACCCGUCAAUACACUAAUGCUUUUAUAUAAACAGACACCGCCACUAAGUUUUUUCUCCAUUAUAGCACUGUGAAGUGAUGAAUGUACGAAAUUCCGUAGCACUAGUGGUUGGAGUAACGGGAAUGGCUGGGCUAAGCCUAGCCAAAGCCUUGAAGCAGCCUGAUUGUCUUGGAGGCCCAUGGAAAGUUUACGGUGCAGCUCGCCGCUCCGCCGACGGCUGGUUUCCCUCUUCCAUCCUUGAUGGCUUCAUCACCUUUGACGCUGUCAACUCAGCUGACACACAUGACAAGCUGUUACCACUAGUCCAAGAAGUCACCCACCUCUUCUGGGUCACAUUCCAGUUUGUAGGUGACGAAGAAGCUAACAUCACCGUUAACAAAACCAUGCUUCUUAAUGUUCUCACUGUCCUCAAAUCUUCUCCAUCUUCCUCUCUCAUCCAUAUAACACUCCAAACCGGAACCAAACAUUACAUGGGUCCGGUUCAUGAUCCAGUUCUGUCCACCAAACUUAUAUGCCACGAACCACCUUUUCAUGAGAAUAUGCCACGACUCCCUUACCCAAAUUUCUAUUACGUGCUUGAGGAUCUAGUUACAUCCUAUGCCCCUUCGGUUACAUACUCGAUACAUCGAUCAUCUAUCAUAAUAGGUAUGUCACCAAGGAGUGCACACAACGUGCUAAUGAAGCUAGCAGUAUAUGCUGCCAUAUGUCACCAUUUAGGGUUACCUUUUCGUUAUCCAGGAAACAAAUACACUUGGGAGCAUUUCUGUGAUAUGACGGAUGCGGGCGUGCUUGCAAAACAACAUGUGUGGGCUGCAGUUACAGAAGAUGCGAAGAACCAAGCUUUCAAUUGCACAAAUGGUGAUGUUUUCACUUGGAAGAGUAUGUGGAUGUUGCUUAGUGAGGUUUUUAAUGUUAAGUUUGUGGAGUUGAAUGACAAGGAAGAGUUUGAUUUGGUGGAGUUAAUGCGUGAUAAGGGUGAGAUUUGGGACCUGAUUGUGGAGGAAUAUGGGCUUCAUAAGACCAAAUUGGAGGAAAUUGCUUCCUUUGAAGCAACGGUGCCAGUUCUGCGGUUUCAGUUUCAACAUGUAUCUAGUAUGAACAAAAGUAAGGAUUAUGGGUUCUUUGAGUAUGCAGAUACGUUUAAGAGUAUCAGAUUCUGGGUGGCUAAGUUGAGGGAGAUGAAACUCAUACCCGUCUACAAACAUUGAAUUGCAUUGUUGUUUUUAUACCUUUCUUUCUAUAAUAAUAUUGUAUGACUUUUAUUUCAUAUAUCACAAAAGGUUUAAUAAGAGUCAUUUUUUUUCUUUCUAUAAACCGGUAUCAUCUGCACGCAACCCAUAGAGACUAAUCUCAUCAAA